CAGGACGAGGAUGAGGAGGUGAUGGGGGUCAAAAUUUAUUGGCUUCACUCGAAUUAGCAUUGUUUUAACCAUCCUGUAGAGGACGAAUAUGAUGCCAAACAGAAGCAACCUCUCCUCCUCCUUUCAGAAUGUUGCAUCAGAUUCCAGUAAGGUUAUGGCAGAGUAUAGCCACACACAAAACCAGAUGGAAUUACAAAAUGCUACUUUGGGAAAGGGUUCUGCGGUGAAUUCCCUUGAAAAUGGUCUCCAGGAUAUUAUGGAAAACCUCAACCAGAAGAAAUAUUCAUCAAGCCUCAAAUUUAAAACAAAUGGGGACUAUGCUGGCUCAUAUUUAACCCUCUCACAACCAAUGCCAGUUAAACCCAAUCCUUCCUCCAGUGUUAAAAAUGCACACUCUGUUACCAAACUUCAAGGAGGCAAGCAGUUCCCCUGUGAAAGCCCUUAUCUUCCGGAUAAAAGCAUCUCUGUAAAGCAUUUGGGUUCCCUAUCGGGCAUGCCUUCAUCCCUCAGUGGGUACAACCUAGGAAGGACAGACUUUGAUAUUCACGCCAGCAGAGAAAACAUAAAGUCCCUUGGACAGAUGGAUAAGUUCCACUACUCCAAGUACAGUCAGAAAAACAAAUCCUAUGACAAUGUCUACUUCCCGGGAAUGCUGGAGACAAAGAAGAUCUCGGGCUCUCUUCUGACCAUGUGGAAUGGAAGCUCAGGGAACGAGCUGAUGCUUUCACCAGCCAGCAAUUCAGGGGCAGCCAGCAUGCCUUCUAGCCCAAAGCAAGGCAGGAGGAUGAACGCUGAGGACAACCUGGCCCUUCACAUAAAACCAGUUAAGCACAAGGAUGUGAUGAUGGAGACUCUGGGUUCACGGCCUAGGAAAUAUUCCGGUGGCUCUCUAAGUCAUAUGGGGAUGUACAGUCGUUCCCUCCCCAGGCUCUAUAAAUCAACAGAAAACCAGCUGGUGCCAUUAAGUUUGCCCCCCAGAAGCUCUUUGGGUAAUACUAAAAGGAAGAAACUCGGAGACAAAGAUCUACCUCAGAACCUUUUAGAUGCUGACAAUUACCUGAACUUCUCUUCCUGCAGCUCAGGGGUUUCACCACACAACAACUCGAUCACUGCCAGUAAUUCCUAUGCCAGUUCAACGCUCAGUGUUCCUGCCAGCCCUCGAGUUGCCAAGAAAAUGCUUUUAGCACCUUCUUCCCCCUAUCUCCCUGAUGACUUUGAUAGACUUGGGCUCUCAGGAACAAGUCCCAGUAGCUCUUUUUCCCCGGUGGAUUUUGACAGGUCGUUCUCUGUCCGAAGGAACCUUUCCACCAGCUCUGUGGAACUCGAUGACCCAGAGCUGGAAAGUUACAGGCAGACGCCAAACUCACUGCAAAUGUCCAUGCGAGAGAGGAAGAACAGCAUUAGCUCCAUUUCAGGAAGAGAAGACCUCAUGGACUAUCACAGGAGGCAGAGGGAAGAGCGGCUUCGGGAGCAGGAGAUGGAGCGGCUGGAACGACAGCGGCUGGAGACGAUCCUCAACCUGUGUGCGGAAUACUCCAAAUCUGACAGUGACCCAGCUGCGGCCACAACAGUUGCUGAUGUCCAGAAGAUUAACAAAGAACUGGAAAAGCUUCAGCUCUCCGAUGAGGAUUCGGUGUUCGAAGACUCCCAGAUGAGUCUGGAAACCAGGUUCAGGAGCCACCUGAAGUCAUCUGCAAGUGAUUCUGAUUUCUCGGAGCUGAGCAGCCACAGUCGUGGCACUGCUGCCCUCCUCUCCUCUAGAGGGUUGAGAGCUGAGGAGCACUUCAAUGAUGGUGCAAAGUCACCUCCUUUCGCUGCUCCUGGAUUCCUGAAGGAUGCCACUGAAUCCUCCUACCUGAGCAUCACACCAAAGAUACCAGAGUGCACAAGUGAUGAGCAGAGAGGGCAGGAGCUUGGUCGACUGGAGGAGGAGCGCAUAGUAAUACUAAAUAACUUGGAAGAACUUGAGCAGAAGAUCAAAGAUUUAAAUGACCAGAUGGAUGAAUCUUCCAGAGAGCUGGAUAUGGAAUGUGCCCUUUUGGAUGGGGAACAGAAAUCUGAAACAACAGAGCUGCUGAAAGAGAAGGAAAUACUGGAUCAUCUAAACAGAAAAAUAGCUGAGCUGGAGAGAAAUGUUAUUGGUGAAAAGACAAAGGAGAAAUUAAAACUUGAUGCUGAGAGGGAAAAACUAGAGAGGCUUCAGGAGCUUUACUCCGAGCAGAAGACGCAGCUUGAUAAUUGCCCUGAGUCCAUGAGGGAACAAUUACAGCAGCAGCUCAAGAGGGAUGCUGAUCUUCUGGACAUAGAAAGCAAACACUUUGAAGAUUUGGAAUUUCAGCAGCUUGAACAUGAGAGCAGGUUAGAUGAAGAGAAGGAAAAUCUGACACAACAGCUCCUGCAUGAAGUGGCCGAGUAUCAGCGCAGCAUUGUCAGUAGAAAGGAAAAGAUAUCUGCUCUCAAGAAACAAGCAAAUCAUAUUGUCCAACAAGCACAAAGAGAACAAGAUCAUUUCGUAAAAGAGAAAAACAACUUAAUAAUGAUGCUGCAAAGAGAAAAAGAGAAUCUCUGUAAUCUGGAAAAGAAGUAUUCCACACUUUCCGGAGGAAAGGGAUUUCCUAUCAGUCCCAAUAGUCUAAAAGAGGGCUAUAUCAGUGUAAGUGAAAUUAGUGAGCUGUAUGGCAAUUCCACGAAUAGACCCCCUUCCACUCAGCCCCCCACAGAUGCUGAAGCAGUUGCCACUGAGCCUUCCACGGCUGUGCUGACGAGCCAGCCACAAAAUAAAGAGCUAAGAUCACCUCUCUGUUCUGGAUUUGUGUUUCCUCACUCUCUUUCUCCUCGCUCUAUUGCUCAACUUCCAUCAGUCCAUUGGCCUGAGGUCAUGGCUACUCAUGUAGAUCCUAUUCCUUUAUCUGACACACCUCCACCUCUGCCAGCUAAGAAACACCGCAGGCAACAACAGCAUUUCAGAAACCUGGAAGAGCGAAAGAAGCAGCACAGGGAAGGCAUGUACAUGAGUGAUACUUUACCUCGCAAGAAAACAACUCCAACCGUAUCACCGCACUUCAAUAGCUCUACGCUUGGACGAAACAUUGCAUCUAAAGGCCAUUUACCAUUAGGACAGAGCAACAGCUGUGGGAGUGUCCUCCCUCACUGCCUGGCAACCAUGACCAAAGAGUCAGAGUCAAGACGGAUGCACAAAGGGUACAACCAUCAUCGCAUCUGUGAAAACCAAAGGCAGAAGUCUCCCGAAUUCUACAGCCGAACAGCAUCCGAAUCAAACGUGUACUUGAACAGUUUCCAUUACCCAGAUCGCAGUUACAAGGACCACACCUUUGAUACAUUAAGCUUAGACAGUUCUGACAGCAUGGAGACAAGCAUAUCGGCGUGUUCACCAGAUAACAUUUCCAGUGCUAGCACUUCAAAUGUUGCGAGAAUAGAAGAGAUGGAGCGACUUCUGAAACAAGCGCACGCUGAGAAGACUAGGCUGCUUGAGAGCAGGGAACGGGAGAUGGAAGCUAAAAAACGAGCUCUGGAGGAAGAGAAGCGCCGCAGAGAGCAACUGGAGAAAAGACUGGAAGAAGAAACCAGCCAGAGGCAAAAACUGAUUGAAAAGGAAGUCAAAAUACGUGAGAAACAAAGAGCACAGGCCCGUCCCUUGACUCGCUAUUUGCCUGUUAGGAAAGAAGACUUUGACCUACGAAGUCACAUCGAAACAGCCGGUCACAACAUAGAGACCUGUUACCAUGUGUCCCUCACAGAGAAGACCUGCAGAGGCUUUCUCAUUAAAAUGGGAGGAAAAAUCAAAACGUGGAAAAAACGGUGGUUUGUUUUUGACAGAAACAAGAGAACUUUUACUUAUUAUGCAGACAAACACGAAACUAAAUUAAAAGGCGUAAUAUAUUUUCAAGCUAUUGAAGAAGUCUAUUAUGACCAUCUAAAGAAUGCAUACAAGAGUCCCAACCCCUUGCUCACUUUCAGUGUUAAGACACAUGACCGGAUAUACUAUAUGGUCGCUCCUUCGCCAGAAGCCAUGAGGAUAUGGAUGGAUGUUAUUGUUACAGGCGCAGAAGGCUACACCCACUUCAUGUUAUAAUAAAAGGGGGCAAUAGGGCAUACUGCAAUAACAUAACAUAUGAAGUUAGCCAUAUGUAGUGGAAUCUGAAAAGCCAGUGAAUAUUCUGAAACAUCCUCCUUAUGAUGUGCACCUGAAACCUCAGAAUAAGAGGGGUUUACAAAUGCAUUGAAAAGGGGGGGGGAGGUUUACUUCUUUUAGUUGAUCUUUAUAGGAGUGAAAGAGCUAAACUGUUGAGAGACUCAUAGUGCUCCAAAAUGGAUAAUGAGGCAAUUUUAAUUACAGCAUCUUGACUGAACGAUAGUUUCCUACAAACUCUCUUACAAUGGAGAGCAUCUUCAUAAAUUCAUACUAAACCGUUUACAAAUGCUCUCAUCAGGGUGCAACAAGUCUAGAAAUGGAACACAAAGUUGUAAUAAGCAUAUAUUUUAAUAUGCACCAUUUGACAUUUAUAGACAAUUAGGUGGCUUAAAAACUUUUAGUCAAGUAUUUUAUAAGAAGAUUAAAAAGCAACCCUAAGGUACACACAGUUCUUGCCUUAGUCGUUAAAUAUUACAACAGAGCCAAAGAGUUACAUGAUUCCCUUAUCAUAAUGUUUUCAUAAUGUUAGUUGUACCUAACUUUCUGUAAGGGGACAGUGCCAAAACUCUUCAUGACUUUUAAUGUCAUUAAAUUGUUAUGAUAUUCUGUGUGUUCAGACACUCAGGAACACCAACUCUAUGUUUAAAGUGUGCAUCUAUGGAGCUCAGCAAAAAGAGGGAGAAGGAUAGCUUUAUAAAGAUGCAUUUUUCCACAUGGAUAUGAAAUGGAAACACAUCUAUUAGCUUCCUCAUAAGGAGUUGUUCGGGUAUCUUUAAUUUUCCUGCUGAAUAAGGUGAUUCCAGCCCCGACAGCAAGUUUCUUUUACCUGAUAUGGUCACAGUGUGGUUCUAACCUUACUCUGUCUUAGGUGAAAGCUGUACCGAAACCUCUCAAACACUGGUUCCCUUGAAGCCAGCAUCAAAAUCUCUACCUAAAUUCUUUGUAGCCAAUUAUUCAGCCCCAGACAGUGUUUUUUGGUUU